AUGUCCUCCCAAUUCUUGCAGACAGAGCUUGCAAACCUCAUCCAGGAGUCCAGGCGAAAGAACGCCGAUCUGCGCAAUGCCGCCGAACAGUCGCUCAGCGAGCUGAAAGCGUUGCCAUCAACCUCAGAGGCACAGAUAUCAGCAGACCUUGUUCGCAAGCCGACAUUCGUUGAGCCAUUUAUCAUUGCAUGCCAUACCCGGCAUGCUAAACUUGCGGGCAUUGGCGUAGUUUGUUUGCAAAGGCUUAUUGCGUCGAAAUCCUUGCCAUCUCAUCGCUUAAAAGAUGUUCUCGCCGGGUUGAAAGAGACCACGAACCUCAGUCUCGAUAUUCAGCUCAAGAUCUUACAAUCCCUACCAUCGCUUCUACAGUAUUACUCUAAUGAUCUGAGCGGGGAACUCCUUGCAGGUACAUUGGAGGUAUGUGCGACUCUACAGGCUAGCAAAACGAUUGCAGUGAGCAGCACGGCGGCUGCCACUCUUCAGCAACUCGUCGUUUACUCAUUUGAGCGAGUAUCGACUGAAGAUAGGUUGCCUCAUGAUGCAAAAUCUACAACGCCCGUGAAGGUCGAUGGUCAUUCCGUGGAUGUUGCACAGUUCGCAUUUGAUGCUCUACUGGUUCUUGAUGAUCUCUGCCGUUUGAUUGACGGUGAACAACUGCAAUUCCUGCGCGUAAAGACAUUGUCUUCAGCCUUUGUCCUGGAGCUCAUUGAGAGUAUUAUCUUGAACAGUGGUCGUCUAUUCGUUGGGCACCCUGAGCUGUCACAAGUCCUCCGAGUUCGCCUGAUGCCUCUGACAGUUCGAUAUCUUUCCGAGCGUCAUUCCUUCUCUGAAACCGUUCGAGUGGCUAGGAUCCUCCUCGUGCUCCUGAAACGGCAUAUGUCUCUUCUUCCUGCCGAAUGUGAGAUGGCAUUUGGCCUGCUCACUCAUUUGCUGGAGCCGGACGGCACUGCGCCGUGGAAACGAGUCUUAUGUAUGGAAGUGUUCCGGGGCCUCUAUGCCGAAGCAGGAGUUGUCCGGCAAAUUUACUCCCUCUAUGAUGGAGAAGAAGGCAGAAAAAAUGUUCUUCGUGAUCAUAUGGCCUCUCUUGUCAAGCUGGCUUCGGAGAAGCCUUCGUUGAUCGGUGUUAGCAAUCAAUCGACGAUACCGCUGCGAGCGGAUCACUCUCGAUCCGCUACCGACGAUCAGAUUGCACUCGAAACGGGCGGAGUUACUGGUGUUAUUGGAUCAUCAGUUCCCCAAACCGAGACCAAGGUACCGGGAAUCAGCAGUCAGUGGAGUGUUGUACGGACACCCUACAUAGAUCUCCUCGACAAGUCCGACCCGCCUUUUCCCCCAGAAACCUAUAUCUAUAGUCUUGUUCUCAACUGCAUUAGCAGCUUUGCGGAGGGUCUCGCGAAAUUCAUUCUCCCGCUUACUGUUCCCGACCUGAAACAGAAGCGUAAGAACCGUCUGGUGAAUCUGGACCAAGGUCCGGACUCAGCUAGUUCUUCCCAGGACCUCCAGGCAUCCGAUUUUGGAAAACCACAGCCUUACCCUUCAAAGAGAACCUCUGUCCCAAUCAAUCCCCUGGACUUGCAAUCUCAUGUCCAGUAUUCUGCCAUCAAGGCUUGUGCUGGCAUCGUUGAGAAUUGCUGGCCCGCCGUUCUCGCAACAUGCUCUACAUUUCUCCGCGCUUCGAUGGAUGAUGAGUUCUAUCAUAAUCUGGUACGAGCGUUUCAAAAAUUGGCUCAUGUGGCAGGUCUCCUACGUCUAUCUGUGCCUCGUGAUGCUUUCCUCACAACACUUGGGAAGGCCGCCAUGCCGGCCAGUCCAGGCACAUCCAAGGGGCAAACUACUUCUCAUCAAAGUGCGGCUACUUCUCAGUCCAGCGAAGCGCCCCAGAAAAAACGAAAAAGCUCAGACAUACCCAGGGUCAACCCUUUGCCUUCGGAUGCAUCUGGGGCUGCAACAACCGAGAUCUCUGCGGUAUCUCUGAGCACCAGAAACUUGCUUUGUUUACGGGCGCUGCUGAACCUCGGAAUUGCAUUAGGUCCGACGUUAGAUCAGUCGGCUUGGUCCAUUCUUCUUGAAACACUGCAAUACACUGGGUUGGUUAUCGGCGUGUCGUCCAGUACAAUGGUUAAAUCGGCCAGUGGACCCGGGGAAAUGACAGUCAUUUCAGGCAAUGAUGUACCAACCGCAAAUCUGGGCGCAGAGGUCAUUGCAGUGCAAGCAGCCUCAACCAAACUAUUUGAAAGCACCAGCGAUUAUCCCAGUGGCUCGUUCCGGGAGAUUUUGCUUGCCUUACUGAACCUUUCCGCCUUCACCGAGCAGGAAGCUGAAAAGGAACCUGCUAAGGAAGUUUCGGAAGUACCUCGCUCGCCGCAAUCGUCCCGGCGCCCCGGAGCCUUGAAUCAGAACGCCCGACGGGUGUCUCACACUGUGGGCAAAUCAAGAAUGCAGGAUGAGGAGCUUCGGUUUGUGCUUGAGAAAGGGAAUGAACUGGCUAAGGCAAACCUUGAGAGGUUAGCCUCUCUUGAGGAAGAGGACUCUGAGGCAUGGCAGCUCUUGACGCAAAGCUUGAUCUCAACAUCCACAAAUAUCGCCAUCAGCCCCAACCUUCGUCUCCAGGCUAGUGGGAUCUUGAAUUCGUUGGUAUUCCUGACCAUGAAGUCGAGGAAUGACGACGAAGAAGACCAAAACAAACUACAAGUGAGGAACUUGCAGACCCUCAAAGACCAGAUUGCUUCUUUGUACUCAUUGGAUCUGGUGUCUUCAAAAUCGCUUCCAAUCACUGUGACUGAAAUUCACGAACAAGGCUUGGAAAUCCUGCACAGCAUACUCGAACAGUACGCGGAGACGUUUGUGGAUGGAUGGAGCCUCAUCUUCGACCUGAUAACAGGUGUCUUCCAGGGAGUGGAAAAAGUGGAAAGUGGAGAUCAACUUAGUACUUUAACGGAGCGCAGGGCAUCGGGCCUUCCGGCUGGCCCGCGUUUGGUCCGCGCGGCCUACAAGUCUCUGCAUCUUGUGGCAUCAGAUUUUCUGUCUUUACUCCCCGCACCUUGUCUCUUGAGCCUUGUGCACUCCUUCUCCAGCUUUGCUUCUCAGACGCAGGACUUCAACAUCUCUCUUACAACGACAUCAUUUUUCUGGAAUGUGUCCGACUUCCUUCAAGGGCAAAUCGAAACUUUCUCCAUUGAGAGUCUUGUAAACGCGUCUGUUAGCGAAAAGGAGCUAGGCAGGCUUGCUUGUGAUGCUGAUCCCUCUGUAUCAAGGAAUUCUCUCUGGCUGUUGCUAUUGCUCCGCAUCGUCAGUGUCACAACGGACUCAAGAUCUGAAAUUCGGAACAGCGCAAUUCAUACUCUCUUGCGCAUUUUCGACGCCUAUGGUCAACAGCUCUCACCGAAAGCGUGGCAUCUGUGUCUCAACAGAGUUCUCUUUUCGAUGGUUGAAGGGAUUGAAACAAAAUUGCUUCCUCCCAAAGGAAAGCAAGGCGGUAACAGGGAAGAUCUCAUAUCCAGGGUGACGACGACAGUUGUGAUGAUUAAGGGUGUUUCCAAUCUUAUCACGAACUUCUUCGAUACAAUUGUCAAGGACGAAGGGUUUGAUCAAUCUUGGACACGGCUCCUAAAGUAUCUGCAAGCAUUGCUUGACCUCCAUGUCCUGGAUUUCAGUGAAGCAACAUUCUCCAGCCUGUCGUCCAUCCUUAUUCAAGUUCAGUCUCCCAAAGAUCUCAGCAAACAAGCCCUCAAAUGCGCAUGGGACCUUUGGGCUAAUGGUCACCCUGCUGGGGAUGGCACAGCCCUUGAUCUUGACGAACCUAACCAAGAUGCCGUACUUGCCUAUAUCCAAACUUUCCAGCAGGUUUACCGACUGUACAAAGAUAGUCUGACCACAGAACACAUUGAGAAAAUUCUUCAACAUCUCCGGCACUUGGUGUGGAACUCGGUAUCCCCGCCUUACUCUCCAGAUGGCGACCGACCUUCUGCCGUCCAGGCAUCAAUCACUGAUUGCCUCAAGACUCUUUGCUCCGAGAAAGAAGAGUCUCAGGCUGCAAUUCUCUUGUGCCUUGCAGAGCUAUCCGACUCGGCGUUGACUAAGUGGACGCCCGGUAAUGACUCAAGGAAACCGGCCUUUGUGGCUUUCUCCAAAAGCACGAUCGACCUCAUUAGCUGGUACGUCGCAGACUUGGGUAUUAAACAAGAUAUCUUCACGAACGGCGCACUUGCAACCACGCUGGGGCAUCUCGGUGCGUUGAUCAGACAAAAGUAUACCUGGCAAGGGAAAGAUCGUGAGCCUUUCUUAUGGCAAAAUGCUACGACUGUUGCUUUGAAUGUUAUUCAAGCUGCUGUUCAUUAUGUCGAGAAGCAGUACAGCAAGUCAAAUGAAAAGGAAAUCACCCAGUUCUGGCAGUGCGUCGUGGAUAUCACCCAUGGUAUCGUCUCGGCACACGGCUUCCAGACCCAGCAGCUUCCAAACACACGGAUCCUAGCCGAUGAAGCUUUUGAUAUCGCGGCCUUAACCCGCCUUAAGACUCUUAUUCUGCCCUCGUUGGGCGCGCCCGCCAUUCCAGAUUCUGUUCGUCGCGAUUUCGCUUGUGCCCUCUUCCGCUCCUCAUUCAUCUACGCACCGCAGCGGUUCGACUUACCCAGCGCUCCAAUCGAAAAAGAUCCUCUCAAAGAUUUCUACAGAGUCCGCGCCGGCCGCACCUUCGACCCGCCUCCAACAUUGCGUCCAAGGAUCGCCUAUGUCCUCAUGGAUACGCUCAUGGAGCUUGCAGUGAGCUCCGAAUCUGACACUUCGGAUAUAAGCCCCGGGACUCUGCUGGCCCGCUCCAUCUCUCCCUAUCUUCUCCUUCGCUGCGCCAUCGAAAUCAAAUCUUAUAUCGCCGAUCAGCCCCUCCGUGGUUUGAUGCCGCAGCCGACUCCAGCACGUAAGGCGCUGCUUCACUUGUUGGUUCAUAUGAUCCAACUUCGGAGUGAGCCAUCUGCCAUUCCUGAACCGCCAUCCAUCAAGACAGUCACGGUGACAGCAGGCUCGGGUGAAGAUACGCCUUCUCUACAUCAUCGCAAACAUCUCGAGUGGCUUUAUCCGCUUGUUGCCCAGGCAAUUCAGGUUGCGGGCAAAGAACGCGAUGACGGUCAAGUUUUGGAAGCUCUUGGGAAAGUAUUGCACGAGAUCGGGCGUUUUGAGUAA